AUGGCGGGAAGACCGCUGCCCGGAGGCGGCGGGGUGUGCGCCGCCGCCUACCCUAACACCUCUGCCGGAUUCCCCCCGCACCUCCAGGCCGGCGCGAUGCGGCGCCGCUUCUGGGGCGUGUUCAACUGCCUGUGCGCCGGCGCGUUCGGGGCCUUGGCCGCCGCCUCCGCCAAGCUGGCCUUCGGCAGAGAGGUGAACGUGGGCUUCUGCGUCUUAGGCAUUAUUAUGAUGGCUACCACCAAUUCUCUGAUGUGGACGUUCUUUAGCCGGGGACUCAGUUUGUCCAUGUCUUCAGCCAUUGCAUCUGUCACGGUGACUUUUUCAAACAUCCUCAACUCGGCCUUCCUGGGUUUUGUGUUGUACAGAGAGUGCCAGGAGGUCUUGUGGUGGGGCGGAGUGUUCCUCAUCCUCUGCGGACUCACCCUGAUCCACCGGGAGCUCCCACCGCCCAGGAAGCCCCUUCCGCACAAGCAGCGGUAG